CCCCUUUUCCGUUUGUGUUAGCGUUACUUCGGCGAUGUUCUGACACGGCAUUGGCCUCUUCAUGAAAAGCGCCGUGGCGAAUAUCGUCAAACUGUUAUUAGAUAUGCUGAGAGUUACAGAAGUACAAUUCACAAUAAUAACCGUAGCUGGCUAAUUCUAUAUAUGUUAUAGGUAAUUGCAAAUAUUCGCAAGCUAUCGACAGUCACUAUAAGUAACUGCCUCAUAAUUCUGACGAACAAUAUCGGUUCGGAAUCAAAAGAAUCCUACUUUUUAAAUUGUUGCUGAAUUGUUCUGCUAGCAAAAAUUGCUGAGGCUCCUUGAACGCAGCACGUCGCCACCUGACGUGGUUAGCGGGUCAUAUGAUCGAUCCUCCACCUCUUCCUCCCUCCCGCAACUUUUCCCUCCGCGGCUCCCAAACAGGCGAACAUGGCGGGUUCUGAGGAGCAUCAGAGUCUGUUGGGGGAUGAAGGCGAGAGUUCGACCUCCAGAGAGCCCGACAGACCGCUGGCGGCCAUCUGCGACCCGAGCCGCCUCCCGCACCGAGUUGUGGUCCUGGUUUUCAUGUGCUUCCUGGGAUUCGGAAGCUACUUCUGUUAUGACAACCCUGCUGCACUUCAAACUCAAGUCCUUCAGGAUCUGAGCCUGAACACUGAAAGCUUCAUGCAGUUGUACGCCUGGUACUCUUGGCCCAAUGUGGUUCUCUGCUUCUUUGGGGGAUUUCUGCUCGACAGGGUCUUUGGCAUAAGGCUGGGAACCAUCAUCUUUUCUGUCUUUGUCUGUGUUGGACAGAUAAUCUUUGCUACUGGAGCUCUGGUCAAUCGUUUCUGGCUGAUGGAAAUGGGUCGUUUUGUAUUUGGUAUCGGUGGAGAAUCGUUGGCUGUAGCUCAGAACACGUACGCGGUGAACUGGUUCAAAGGAAAGGAGCUCAACCUGGUGUUCGGUCUUCAACUGAGCAUGGCACGACUGGGCAGCACGGUGAACAUGAACAUUAUGGGAUGGGUCUACAACCAGGUCAAGGGUCUUGUCGGUAAACCUGGAUACACUGCACUGGGUGGAUCACUCAUGAUUGCUUCUGCAACAUGCCUGUUCUCACUAUUGUGUGCCCUGGUGUUGGCCGUCCUUGACAAGAGAGCAGAGAAAAUCCUCCACAAGGAAGAAGGCAAAACAGGGGAGAAGAUCCAGCUGAAGGACGUAAAAGACUUCCCCUUCCCCUUGUGGCUCAUCUUCAUUAUUUGUGUAGGCUACUACGUGGCCAUUUUCCCCUUUAUUGGACUGGGACAGGUGUUCUUCAUUGAAAAAUUUAACUUUUCCCCGGCUGAAGCCAGAGCUGUCAACAGCAUCGUGUACAUCAUCUCGGCGCCUGCGUCGCCGCUCCUGGGCUUCUUGGUGGACAAAACGGGACGGAACGUGAUUUGGGUGAUGAUCGCCGUCGUCACCACCCUCGCCGCUCACAUGAUGCUGGCUUUCACCUUUUGGAACCCGUGGAUCGCCAUGUCUGUACUGGGUGUCUCCUACUCUCUGCUGGCCUGUGCUCUGUGGCCCAUGGUGGCCUUUGUGGUACCUGAACACCAGUUGGGGACCGCCUACGGCUUCAUGCAGUCGAUCCAGAACCUGGGGCUCGCUCUUAUUGCCAUGUUGGCCGGAGCCAUCCUAGACAGCAGAGGAUACCUGGUGCUGGAAGUGUUUUUCUGCGCCUGCAUUUGUAUUGCACUGAUUGCAGUCGUGAUGCUGUAUUUUGUAAAUUAUGUCAGAGGAGGAGAUUUGAACCAGUCGGCCUCAGACAGGGCCAGAGUCCUGAAAGAAGCCACUUCAGAUGCAGAAUGAUGAUGAUGAUGAGGAGGGAACACAAACGGUCCUGGGCUUCAGAGCCAGCAGAAUGCACUGUCCACCCCUAAGCUGUCAAUCAACUGUGAUGGGGCGGGACUGCGCUACUGACUCUGCCCAGUGCUGCCACCUGUGGCUCUUCCCACCAGAACUGACUGUCUGGCUCUGCUUGAACUAUCUAGUCUAUCGGGACACUGACAAAUGACGAAUCCCAGCGUGGACAGUUCCACUCUGACUUCUUUUAUACUGACUUUGCAAAUACCCUCAGUGCUGACUUCUGUUAGUCAAACCACAACAAAGUUACUUUGUAACGAAGUUACAUAAUGAACAUACUUGAAGUGUUAAACGCAUUUAAAUAGCAGAACUGUUCAGAAGAUGAGACUCAUGGUGAGAAAACGUGCCUCCUGUACAUAGCUGGUAAUAAUUCUCUUUUAAUUUGAAUCCUGUGGAACUCAUGAGGUUCCUGUGUUAAUCAAGUUGUUUUAUAUGUAUAUAGGUGUAAGUUUGUGGGUGUGUUUUAAAAUGUAUUUUUAAAUACAAUGAUUCUAAUGGAACUCUGCUGUUCACUGUACAGCAGAGCUGUGCAGCAGCUCGCUCAGAGGCAGCUCAGCAGCUCUUUUUAUGCUUGUCAUAUGUCAGAGUUUACAGUUCCAACAAAUCAAGUCCAUAUACAACUUUAAUCAUUUGCACUAUUCACCUUUUACAAUGGCACCAUAGGCCUUUUUUUUUUUUUUUUACUAAUGGACUCUUUUAUUUCUUCUUUUAUCUGCUCUUUGCUGGUGUUGGAGAUUCAUAAAAAUUAACUAUCUGUUGCAUCAUGAAAUGUUUCAGCAAUAUAAUGAAUAGGAAAAAGAAGAAACAAAGAAUUUAAAUUAUACUGUGUGUGUGGUGAUUAACACCGUUUCAUCUUUUAAACUAAUCUCUUCCACAUUUAAAACUGUUUUGCUCAUUUAUCAAGUCCUAUUAAUUAAGUUUUUUUUUUUUUCUGGAAAUUAAGUUUUUUUACUUACUGAGUGGUAAAACAUCUACUGUGGUUCCAUCUAAAAAGCCCUGUGAUGUAGAAUGAUAGUUAAUUCUCCCUGUGUUGCUAUCAGGGUCUCGCUCUGUGGAUGAUUAACAUUCACUAGGCAAACAAGUCCUAAAUAACCUCUUAAGGAACCAGUCAACACAGUAGCAGAACGUUAAACUGUGUUCAUUUACUGUAAAUGACCACCAGGUCGCUCACAGCAUUGUUUGUUCACCUGAGAGUAUUUUUGUUAAAACACCAAAUAUUAAAUUUUAGUGAUGAUAGAAAUCA